AUGGGUGAACUUGCUGGGACCACACCCUACGACUAUGAGGGGGCACUGCCAUGCGAGAAAAGCAAUGUCAAGGAGCUGGGGGCCCAGUUCCUGCCCCCACUGUAUUCCUUGGUGUUCAUGAUUGGCUUGCUGGGCAAUGUAGUGGUGGUGGUGAUCCUCACAAAAUACAAGAGGCUCCGUAUUAUGACCAACAUCUACCUGCUCAACUUGGCCAUUUCUGAUGUGCUCUUCCUAUUCACGCUGCCAUUCUGGAUUCACUAUGUUAGGUGGAACGAGUGGGCUUUUGGCCACUCCAUGUGUAAGUUGCUCUCUGGACUCUAUUACAUGGGAUUGUACAGUGAGAUCUUCUUCAUCAUCCUCUUGACCAUAGACCGGUAUCUGGCCAUUGUCCACGCUGUAUUUGCCCUUCGAGCCCGUACAGUCACUUUUGGUAUCGUCACUAGCAUCUUCACCUGGGGCCUGGCAGUGCUAGCAGCCCUCCCUGAAUUUUUCUUUCAUGAGUCCCAAGAGGAGGCUGGACAGACUAUCUGCAGUCCUCUUUACCCAGAGGAUAAUGAAAAUGCCUGGAAGCGUUUCCAUGCUCUGAGAAUGAAUAUCCUGGGUCUCGCUCUGCCUCUGCUCGUUAUGGCCAUCUGCUAUUCAGGAAUUAUUAAAACACUGCUAAGAUGCCCCAGUAAAAAAAAAUACAAAGCCAUUCGGCUCAUUUUUGUCAUUAUGGUGGUCUUCUUUAUUUUCUGGACACCCUACAAUCUAGUUGUCCUACUCUCUGCUUUUCAAAUGCACUUGGAGGCCGACUGUGAACAGAGCAGACAGCUGGACCUGGCCAUGCUGGUGACAGAGGUGAUUGCCUACACACACUGCUGUGUCAACCCCGUGAUCUACGCCUUCGUUGGCGAGAGGUUCCGGAAGCACCUCCGCCACUUCUUCUACAGGCACAAGUUCAGGAGGUAUCUCUACACGUUCUUCCGAAAGCAUAUUGCCAAACACCUCUGCAAACAAUGCCCAGUUUUCUAUGGGGAGACAGGAGAUCGAGUGAGUUCAACAUACACCCAUUCCACUGGGGAACAGGAAGUCUCAGCCGCUUUGUAG